UGUUUUUAUUCAAAUUUAGAUUCAUAAAAUUGCCAAUGGCGAUAUUGAAAUUUACAAGGGCGAAGUGGGGUUUUCUUAUAGUGAGGAAACAGGUCUUUUAACUGGAAUCAACAUGAAUGACAAUUAUAUACCAAUGAAGCAACAAUUUUUCUACUAUGAAGGCUCGUUAGAUUAUUACAGCUCUUCAGGAGCUUACGUAUUCCACCCCAUUGAAAAUGAUUUCAACGUCAUUACUGAUAAUCCAAUAGUGGAAGAAUACGAAGGAAAUUUAGUUUCGGAAAUCCAGCAAAUGUUUAACGAUUGGAUCAGUCAAACGAUUCGCGUCUACAAGAACGAAAACUAUGUUGAAUUCGAUUGGAUAGUUGGACCGAUUCCCAACAUUACUUCGUACGAAGUUCUCGGAAAAGAAAUUAUCACACGAUACACGACAAACAUGAAAACCGACUCCGUUUUCUACACCGAUUCUAAUGGACGUGAAAUUAUGAAAAGGGUAAGAGAUUUCAGACCGAGUUGGAAUUUCAGUAUCGAUGAAUACAUUUCUUCCAACUAUUAUCCUAUUACGUCAAAAAUAUUGAUACGAGACGAGAAGAACGAUUUGGAAGUGGCAGUCCUUACAGAUAGAGGUCAAAGUGGAACCAGUUUAAAUGAUGGAGAAGUUGAACUUAUGCUCCACAGGGAGAGUAAAGUAGACGAUGGCCUGGGUGUGGAAGAAGAAUUACAGGAAUUGGCGUACGGGGUGGGGCUUGUGGUGAGAGGGUCACAUUAUGUUAAUUCUGGUUCUUUUAUUAACACACGCAGAGGUGAUAGUCCUACCUAUCAACAAAAAGAUAUUGCACAGCGAAAACUGUUAUCGGCUUGGACAUUCUUGUCUCCAACAAAUCACCUUUCUUUCGAGGAUUACAAAGCGAAACAUACCUUACAGUUUGAGGGUUUAACUAGAUCUCUACCUGCAAAUGUUCAAAUUCUUACUUUAGAACCUUGGACGGAAACGUCUUUCCUUCUUAGAUUAGAGCACGUUUACGAAAUAAACGAACAUCCUGAUUGGUCCACGACAGCAACAGUAGAUUUCAAUGAUCUCUUUACGACAUUUGAAAUAAUAUCAAUCAGAGAAACAACGCUGGGGGCUAAUCAAGGGUUAGAUGAACACGAACGUCUAUAUUUUAAGCCGGACAAGGAAACUGUUGAAGAGAAAGUUCAUGGAGGUAGUCACGAUCCAGAAUGGAAAAUAUGGAAGAAAAAAUCUAAAGUCUACUCAUACACUGUAAAAGAGGAGGAAGAUGAAGAAUAUUCCAUUGAACGCUUAGAAGAAUUAAAAAUACAAUUGAAACCAAUGCAAAUAAGAACAUUCAUUAUUGACAUCCAAAUAAAAUAAUUCACAAUAUCUUUUUUAAAUAAUAAUAAUAAUAAUAAAAGAAAACUUUCAUCAGAGA